ACGUCGAGAUAGUGCACCCCUUCAAGACCUAGGAGCCACGGCGCAGACAAUCCUGAAAUUCAAAGCACAUCGCGAUCGGUAGACGGCCCUCUACGCGGAGCGGCCCUUUCCCUGCUGUCCACCGCAUACUCCCACCAAGCCUUGCUAUGGCAACUCAAUCGCCGCACUCACCCUCCGACGUGGCCAUGCGUGAUCGUGCAAACUCUACGGCCUCGGACGUGGUCAUGAGCGAUACCAUGGACCCAGAGAGUCCGACGACCGAUCCGUCGACGUACGCAGACGCACAGCAGGUGCUGACGCCGCAGAUUUCGAACGAGGAACAAUUCAUGAGCCUGCCUAAGUCCGUCGCGAACAGUCCGCUGUUCCGGUUGCCCAAAGACAUCAGGGUGCGCAUCUACAACUACUGCCUAAGUAGCAAGUACUCGGUGAUGUGGCCCGUCGACCGUCUUAAUCUCGAACUGCAGCCGCAGCUGCUACGAACAUGCUCCACUAUAUACAAAGAGGCUGUUGCCAUCCUUUAUUCCAACACGUUACAUUUCAUUCACCCAAGCGAUGCAAACAUGUUCCUUUGGGCGCACAACCCGGAUCUGGGCCGUAGUGUUACCAAGUUGCUGUUCCAGAUCAGAGACAGGGAUGUCAAGGCCAUAUGGUCCGGAUACCUAAGCUCAACCAGGGUGGAACGUUCGCUGCAAAAGGACUACCCGAACUUGCGUACGCUGCAUAUACAAUUCCGCUCUAGUUUCUUGAAUGCCAUGAACGGCAAUAUUGCCGGCCGAUUCGAGAGAUGGGAGAACGACAACACAUUUAGGGAGGUCCUACUUGGUUUGACGGACAGGGUGCCGCCAAACUGCGAGGUGAAAAUCUUGGUGUGCAACAGGCUGAUUGCCGACGAUGCGAGAGCACUGUAUAACACCUUUCCACAUCAAUUAGACAGGGUUAAGGAUCCGGGUCCGGAUCGGCGUCUGAUCCUGAGGACACCGUGGAAAAAUCUUUUCGGGGCAUCAGUGGCGCUGGAGAUUGAGGGCCAAGAGCAAUCACGAUACUUUGGACCGUGAUGUUUUAUGCAUGUGGUUGAAUAGUGGAAGUGGGCCAAAAGUCGCCCCUCUUUCGUGCUCGGCGUACAUGAACGUAAUAUAUGCGACGCCGGUUUCGUGGCAUAAGACGCAUUUGUAUGAGAAAAGCUAGCGGUUUUGAGCAACACGUGUCAUAGGCCUGAGCGUGCAAUGAACAAAUAAGACUAGAUUACAAUUCCUGUCAUACACACCAUCUAAUCUCACAGACCGCUUAACCUGCACAAGACGAGAAAGCAAUAUAAGGACAUUAACAAU